AUGUCUCAACAGCCAGUCAAUGAGCGGAAAGCCCAACAACAAGACAUCACCUUUAUGUCAGAAGCAGCGGACUGCAGUCCACAUCCCGUGCCACAGCACACCAGUUCUUCUCUUUCAGUUAGCGACCUAGUCGGCCGAACUUCACAUCAAGCCUCCAUGAGUAUGAUAGCCACGAGCGAGGUUGUUACUCCUGCGCACUCAGAUCCUCGAGCCAUACUUCUGAGUCCAAAUCGCCGUGUUUUGACGGGAUCCCAGGAAUUCUUUGAACACCUUCUUAAGUGGAGACUGCAGCAGGAACACGAGAUGGUCUCGAAAAGCACACGGGAAGUGAUAGAACAUCAUCGUUACAUCAUCAGCACAGUCCGAGACCAACUAGACUUCGUACGACGUCGUGACAAGUACAGUAGACUCGAGGCCGAGCACAGCAAGCUUCAAGCAGAGCACGGCAAUCUUCAGGCCAAGUAUACCAGACUUCAGGAGGAGCAAGACAAAAUUCAAGUCGACCACCGAACACUUGACUUCAAAUACACCGCGCUUGACGAAGCGAUCAAACAGACCCUCUGUCAGCGGCAAAAAGAAAACAAGGAACACGCUGGGAUCCUGGCCAAAUAUGAGAAUCUGACGGCUGCUCACCAACGCCUCUUGCUGUACGUUAGGGACAAGCCUGGCUUUUCUCAUGAGGUAAUGAAUGCCAUGAAAGACGACAAUGAUGCUGUGGGUGCGGAGCUGGCUGAAAAGAACAACGAGACUGGGCAGGAGAGUGGAAAUUCGGGCGCACCUGCUGAGUCCUAG